AUGUCGCUAUUCUUCGCCCUCAUGUCUGUAACCACCACGGGGGCGCGCGUGGAUGCCCCCCCUUUUCCCCCCUCCUCACAGGCUUCAAGGAGUCCAGGCGACAAGGCAUGCACAGCAGCAACGGUGGUUCUGUGCACGGGGCUCGGCAUGUCGCUCUUCUUCACCCCCAUGUCCAAUGUAAAUAUUGACUACACAGUUAUCCUCCCUCCCCCCGACCACAGGCUUCAAGGAGUGCAAGCCGGGCGACCAGGCAUGCACAGCAGCAACAGUGGCUUCAAGGCAUGUCAACCGGGUGACAAGGCAUGCACAGCAGCGACCGUGGUCCUGUGCACGGGGCUUGGCAUGUCGCUAUUCUUCGCCCUCAUGUCUGCAACCACCACGGGGGCGCGCGUGGACGGCGGGGCCCGUGACACGUGGCACUCCGGCUGGUGGCCGCCCAAGCUGCUGCUCUGGGUGGCAUUGCUUGGCAUGACAGUCUUUCUUCCCCUAGAACUCAACUAUCCAGAGGUGGCGACCUCCUUGUGCCCUCACAGCCUCAGGCUCUCGCGCCCUUAUGCCAUCGUGCUCUCUCUCCCUCAUGCAGUCCUACUAUGUCUAAGGGUCCUCCUCAUGAGGCACAUGUUGGUAGCGGUGAUAGCCGGAGCUUGUUUCCUGGCAGUGGUAGCAGCACGUGCGUGCCUACAUGUAUCCGUCUUUCUGCCUGCCCUACUCCCUCCUUCCUCUCCACCCCCUCUCUUCCCCAACGCCCUCAGGCAUGUGUUGGCAGCGGUGGUAACCAGAGCAUGUUACAUGGCAAUUGCAGCAGCAGCGACACUCAUCUACCUUUUCUUCAUCCCCUCCUCCCCUCUUCCUUCUUUAUCGCCCCCCACUCUUGCCCCCCACCCCAACCCCUCUCUUCCCCUCCCCCAACAUGUCUACCACUCAGGCACGUGUCGGCAGCAGUGUUAA